AAAAAAAAUUUGUGUUCGUUGAAGAUCAAAUUCAGUGUUGAUAUUGGAAUUAGACGAGAUAAAAUGAGCAAUAGAGUUGGCACCCGUAUAAAAAAAUUUAUUUCGUGUUAUGGAUCAAUCGAUGAAUGUUCUAACGGAGAAGUAGAAGAUGUGGAUGUUCGAGAAGAAUAUACCAAUGCGUUUCGAACGGAAUCGUACAAUAAUUUUUGGGCACGUGUCGUUGCACUUCUCUAUAGAGAUUAUGCCACGUGCACACCAACUACUGCAGCUCGGCUUCCGUCGUAUCGACUUUUCGCCGAGCAUUUGUUGGAUCCGGAUCAACAAAUGGUUACCCGAAUUCUCAAAUUGGCCAAGAUCCAACCCGCCACGCGCCCUCUCUUAUCCGAUUAUUUCUCCGAAACUUCAAAUGCUUCUCUCCUGUGCGGCUCAUUGUUGAAAGAUAUUGACCGUACACGUGUCAAAUAUCGAUCACUCCAAAAGACAAUCCAAUCAUUAGAAAUAUCUACGGAAUUACCCGAAAACCAUAUUUCGGGUCUAAUGACCCAAUUAACCGAAUUUCUCAAUUCGAAACACCCGUUCGCUUCAACGGCUCCAUCUCCGUGCCGAGUUCAGAUUAUUCAAGCCAGAUGUUCAAACUUGCUUAAACGGCUCGAGUCAAAGCGUGAUAAGAUUCAAGCCAAGUUUCGGCUCAUGAAUAGCUUAAAACACGGCUCGGGUCUUUUUGUUAUUGCCUUAGCGGCUUCGGUAACGGCUAUUGUUGCCACUCAUGCAUUGGCUGUGCUAGUGGCUGGACCUGGUUUUUUGGUGGCUUCGCUUGAGCUGGCUUCGGUGAAAAAGCUAGCCAGGUCUUCGGCUCAACUCGACGCAGCUGCAAAAGGGACGUAUAUAUUGAACAGAGAUCUUGAUAUAAUAAGUCGGCUUGCGGCUCGGCUUGAUGACGAGCUAGAGCGCAUGCGAACUAUGGGUAGAUUUUGGCUUCAGAAAAUGGAUGAUCGGCUUCAAGCCAGUUAUGAAAUGGCGCGCCAGCUGAAGAAAAGUGAUGCUAGCUUCAGCCAACAGCUUGAUGAGCUGGAAGAGCUUCUAUAUCUGUGCUUCAUGACUAUUAAUAGAGCUAGAAAUCUGGUUGUUAAACAAAUUCUGGAUCCGGGUCGACCCAAAUGUUAUUUUCAGAUAAUCUCAAAGUAAUAUGUAUUUAUAUGUGUAUGUAUGUUUAUGUAUACGU